AUGAAGGCUGCCCUUCGCGCACCGCUGCGGGCUUGUGCCAGUCCCGCGACGGUUAUAGGGCAAUCAUGCAAAGCCUCGGUUGCCGCCUCCGCUAGUUCGUCGUACUCUACGCACUCGAUCUUGCCUGCACAUGUUUCGCGAACAUGGUUGAGUCCUGGAAUAUUGCGUCGAGCCACAUGGUCUUCUCGCCCAGCUUUGAACCAAUCUAGUGCACGAUCGCUCUCAACGAGCGCCCCGUUCCUUUCCGUCGCGGAGUCUAGAUCACCACAGACGAUACCUCGCACAAGCCAGACUCCGGCACAACGAAAGUACUUGAAGUACCUGGUUGUUCUGGGCUUACUUGGUACAGGUGGACUUUUGUACUCGGACGAUGUGAAACAUGUAUACAACGCCACGAGGAGAAGUGGCCGUGUGCUUGGUACCCUUGCCGUUUGCAUCAAUGAUUACCGUGUCACGUUGAAGCAAGCCGAUCUCGCCUCGCCCGAGGAUUAUGACGCGCUCAUUCGCGCAUGCCAUCAGCGCUGUGCGAAUCGAACACUUCGUGUAUUGGAACAAAAUGGCUCGAUCUUCAUCAAACUGGGACAACAUCUGAGUAGCAUGGGCUACUUGCUGCCUAUCGAGUGGACAUCGACGUUUAUACCCCUGCAAGACAAAUGUCCCGUCUCGUCUAUCGAAUCAGUCGAAGAAAUGUUCGUCAAAGACACUGGCCAGCGCAUUGACGAGCUGUUCAGCUCGUUCGAUCCCGUACCCAUCGGAGCAGCAUCGCUUGCGCAGGUCCACCUCGCUACCUUGAAGGAAACCGGCCAGAAGGUUGCCGUCAAGGUGCAACACCCUGCCUUGGCUGAGUGGGUGCCGCUCGAUCUUUCUUUGACCCGAUUUACAUUUUCGACACUGAAGCGCUUUUUCCCGGAGUAUGAUCUUGAGUGGUUAUCGCGAGAGAUGGACCAAUCUUUGCCUGUGGAGUUGGACUUUCGAAUGGAGGCUCAAAAUGCCAUGACUACCAGCGAAUACUUCAAGAAACACUCUGAUGCGCCCUUAGUCAUUCCUAAUGUGAUGUGGUCGCAAAAGCGUAUCCUUGUCAUGGAAUGUAUUUCCGGAGGCCGACCCGAUGAUCUCGACUUCCUCGCCGCCAACAACAUUGAUCGGGACGAAGUGUCCGCUGCUUUUGCUCAUAUCUUCAACGAAAUGAUCUUCGGCGACGGUGCCCCGCUUCACUGUGACCCGCACGGCGGCAACAUCGCCAUUCGACCAAAUCCCAACCGCAGCCAUCCCAACUUCGAUAUCAUUUUAUACGAUCACGGUCUCUACCGAACGAUUGACAAGGAUCUCCGCCGAAACUACGCCAAACUGUGGCUCGCCGUUCUUGAUGCUGAUGUUCCGCGCAUGCGCGAGUUCGCCUACAAGGUCGCAGGGGUCACAGAUGAACACUUCCCUCUCUUCGCUAGUGCUAUUACGGGUCGGGAUUUUACUGUCCUGACGCAGAAGAACGUUGCGUCUGCCCGGACGGCCGAUGAAAAGAAGGAAAUUACUGGAGCUUUGGGCGAAGGCAUGUUGCAGCAGCUGGUAGUCCUACUGGGCCGAGUCCCGCGCAUUAUCCUCUUGAUUCUCAAGACCAACGACCUCACUCGAAGUCUUGACGAAAACCUUCACACCCGCCAAGGACCCAUGCGAGCAUUCCUGAUCCUUGCACGAUACGCCACCCGCACCGUAUUUGAGGAACAAAUGGAGCUGAUUCGCAACUCGGGCGGCAUCUUCCUCAACUUCUUCCAGUAUCUCGCCGCCUGGGCUGGUUAUCUUCGUGUUGAAACAAGGCUAUCCGUCUACGAGACCCUACUCUCCGUGAAGAGUCGGCUCGGAUUGCAGACUGCCUUGUAG